CGGGGCUCCGCAAAUGUCCUGCAGCAAAUGCCAGCGUGCAGAGGUGAUGCUCAGCCAGGUGCUUUCCCCGUCCAGGCAACUCUGUGAGCACCUCCGUCACUCGGCUUUGACCCAGAGCUCUCUUAGGAACUGGGAGACUCCUCAAAGGCAGCCUGACAGCCCAGCCCCUCCGGCACAUCCCAGACCCUUUCCCCAUCCCCACGGAGCUGCUGUCGCAGCUCAGCACAGAGGCGGCUGCUGUGGGGCGCAGGGCGAGCUCACGAGCUCCCAGAUGCAAGGGAGCUCGGCUGAUUCCAGGAGCUCGGAGCGCCUGCGGCUUUCAGCUCUGGGCACUUUGCUGGCCAAAGAGCAAUACGAACUAUAAAUCCCCCAGCUGGGUCCGAGCGCAGUUACGGGACUGGAAAUACAGGUUCCCUCUCCCGAGGGGCCAGGGAAGGCUUGGUCAGGAGCUGGCAGCCGGCAAGGUGCAGAGGCGAGUGCUGUUGUAGAGGGCAUCUCUGCCAUCGGACCUCCCGCGGCCACGUGUGGAGAGCAGCGAGGAGCACAGCUCCAUGCCGGGCUGGAGAUCCACGCUCUGAAAUCCUACCAGCGUGAGCAGGGCUGGGGGGGUUGUUUGGAGAUCAGCACCAGUGUGGGCAGUGGGACUCAGUGGGGCGAUGGACUGGGGAAAAUAGCUGAGGGAGUUGGGGUGUUUCAGCCUGGAGAAAAGGAGGGUCUAGGGGGACCUUAGAGCAGCUUCCAGUGCUGAGAGGGGCUCCAAGAAAGCUGAGGAGGGGCUCUGGAUCAGGGAGGGCAGCGACAGGAUGAAGGCGAACGCUUUUGAGCUGAAAGAGGGGAGACUGAGAUGAGAUCCGAGGGAGAAAUGUUUUGCUGUGAGGGUGGGGAGGCCCUGGCCCGGGUUGCCCAGAGCAGUGGUGGUGCCCCAUCCCUGGAGGGGUUCCAGGCCAGGUUGGAUGGGGCUCGGAGCCCCUGAUCCAGUGGGAGGUGUCCCUGCCCAUGGCAGGGGUGGGACUGGAUGGGCUGUGAGGUCCCUCCCAUCCCAUGCUCGCAUCCUCCCGGGGUGCGCGGUCCCCUCUGGUCCCGGCGCGGGGGAGUUGGCAGUUGUGCAAACAAAGCGAUGGAGAAAGGUGAGGAGUUGAGAAACGGCUGAACUUCCCUGCGCAGAGCAGUUCCUAAGAGACGCUCGGGGCCGCUUUGUGUUUACCCAGCAAGAACGUGUUUGUUGUUAGGACAGAGGGAGGCUGGCUUUCCUGGGAAGCGGGCUCCUCGUGUUCCCGGGGUGGGGGACCUUCUGAGGAGCGGGCGGGACUCUGGCACCAUCCCCGGUGAUGGGCUGAGCCCCCCCCCCGCUGCUGCUGCAGGAUUGGUGCCGUGGGGCUCUCCUGGUGCUGAUGCUGAGCCCUGAGUGGACUUUGUUGCCUCAUUGGGCUGCUGUCAUGGAGGGUUCUGCUGAGGAUCAGCUGUUUUUUAUUGUUUCCUGUUGGACUUUAAACCUGUGCUGACUGCCUGUUGUCCCCUGAUCAGCUGCAGGCGUUGGCCUCAUCCCUGCCCUGCCUCAGCUCCACUCCAGCACCUCCCUGCUGGGGACAACCCGGCUCUGCCCGUGUCACUGCCCCGCGCCCUCGCUGUUGCCUGUGGCAUCCCUGGUCCCUCUGCUCUGUCCCAGGCCCCCCGGGUGCCAGUGCUCCCUUGGGGCCAGCGGCGCUGUCUUUGCUGUGUUUCCACUCGGAAAUCUCUCCAUGGGUUGGGAGAAAUGAAAAGGAUGUGGUUAACGCAGCUCAGGCGAGUCCUUUGCCAGGUCUGGGGGCUGAGGAUGUGCAGCCCCCAUGGGAGAUGGGGCCCCGACACGCUGUGGGGUGCAAACCUGCUUGGACCAUGCAAAGAGCGUGAGAAGCUGGAGCUGCCCCAGGGGCUCAGUGGGGCGCACGGCCCCCUCUGGAGCUGCCCCAGGGGCUCAGUGGGGCGCACGGCCCCCUCUGGAGCUGCCCCAGGGGCUCAGUGGGGCGCACGGCCCCGGCUGGAGCUGCCCCAGGGGCUCAGUGGGGCGCAGGAUUGGGGUGCAGCCCGUGCGGAGUUACUGCAGGUGUUUUCUCUCUGCUCAGGAGCAGGAAGCGACGCGGGUGACGUUGCUGUGUGGCCCCAGAUGGUUUCUCAACAGGUAGCAGGAAAUCUUGCAGCUGGGGGCAGGGCUGGGUGCUCGGAGCAGCAGAGCCAAGGCCAAGGGUUUGCAGAUGUCUCCCAGCCAGGCGCCCACCGAGCAGGGUGGGAAGAUGCCAGGCGGAAUGCCGAGCCAAACGGGAGCGGGCAGAAAGGGAUCUCUCUGCGGCGAGCUGGGAACACUGGUGUGCCUGUUCCGGCCGCUGGCGCGCAGCCGGUGCCCGCAGCCCCCACCAGCGCCAUCCCAGCACCGCGGGGUCGUGGGGUUUCCUGGGAUUGCCGUGUUGCGGAGCAGGAGUUUGCAUGUGUCAGAGUCCUGUUUGCUUUAUUGGGCUGGGCUUGGGUUUAUUUGCGUAACGAGCCUGGAGUCGCUGGCUGCCAGCAGCACCUGGGUCCGAGCGAGGGUUCAACAUCUCCCACCUCAGAGCGGGAUCCAACCUCUCUCCAAACCCAGCAGAGUCCUGGGGGGUCUGGAUUCCAUGGUGCCUGGACACCUGCGUGGAUCCCAGUGUGGCAGGAGGUGGUCUGGGGGGUUGUUAUGGGCUCCCUUCUCAUUCUCUGGGCGUUCAGAUCCCCUGGCGCUGGGGUGGAGGGUUUGACCCUCCCUGGAGGCACCUGGGGAGCCGAUCCGCGCCCCCCUCUGCUGCGGUGAUGGUUUCACACCCCCUGUGCCAGGGGACUGUCCCCAGCACUUGACCAGGAGCCUCGACAGCUCAUCCUCGCCCUGCUUGUGUUUCCGGAGGCUUUCGCUGCUCGGAUGCGCCUUGAGAAAGCUUCUCACACGCCGAACAGCGUCGGCGGAGCAGCGCCCUGGCACAGGGGCUGCUUUCACCAGGGCAAAGCUUCUGCGACCGACCCCGGGCUUCCCUCUUGCAAAUUUAGUGCUAAAUUAGAGCCCUUCCUGCCAGCAAAGCUUAUUCCUCUCCGUAAAACCCCCGUGAGCCUCCCCGGGCUGGGUUUUGGGGGAUAAGAGAGCAGAUCCCCCCGUUUGGGAGCGUCGCAGUGGGGGGGAGCUGGUGUCUAAUUAGGGAAUGAAUAAAAUUGCCUCUCCAGGCAGCUGCAUGAAAAGCAGCUCCAGCCGAACGGGACGUGACAGGGAUGCUGCGAGGAGGCUGCUUUGCAUCCCCUUUGUAUGAAGCCCAAACGCCUGCGCCGGAUCUCAGGGCUCGUGUGAAUUUGCUGGCCUGGGCGUCCUCGGAGCUGUCGUGUUCUCGUUGAGUGAGUGGGAAUGCUGCGGCCGCCAGGCUUGUUGCUGCUUGUAGGGCUGCAGGGAUUUCCCUGGGAACUGGGGCUUCAAAAGCUGCCCUGAAGUUGCUGUUGGGGAGCUGGGGAGCAGAUCCUGGCAUUCAGUGCAGCUGGAGGCCCCCCGUCCCUGGGGUGAGUGUUCCUGCCAGGCACCCAAAGGUGCUGGGGUGGGAUGCUCUGUGCUCCCAGAGGGAGAAGGAGCUGGAGAUGCCCCAGGGCAGGAAUAGGGAUGCGAUGCCACCGAGCUCCCCAUCCCAAGUGGGAUCUGCCACCCCUGGGGUGUCUGUGCUAAUCCCACUUCCCCCAUCACCCUCCCGACCGGAGGCUGUAAUUGUUUGUAAUGAGGCUGUGCCGCUAACGUGUGCCCAGCGCCGCGGGAGGGCUGCUGGCGAUGGAGGAGAGGAUGCAACAGCUUGGGGUAGUUGGGGAUAUUCCCAUUUCCCUGCUCUUCCACAGCUGUGGGGCUUCUCUGCAUCCCCGAAACCCUCACUCCUUGGGUCUCGUCUGGCCAGGGGGAUGGGAUGGAGUGCUGUACCGCGGGUCCAUCACCCCACAGCGGGCAGGAUACAGCCCCUGGUGGAUCGGAUGCAUUUAUAUUUUUCUCUCAGGGAGGCAGAACGAUGCUGCCAGCAGGAUUUCUGCUGGCACGAGGGUUUGGGGAGAGGGAAAGCAGCCUGGCAUGCUGGGGUGGAGGAGUGCCAGCCGCUGGCGCGAGGGCGCUGGGGACCUGGGUCACAGCUCAGCUGGGCUGCCCUCGCUCCGGGUGCUGCUGCCUUUGAGGGCUUGGUGCCUCCUCGCUGCCACGAUCAGACCAUCCCUCUCCCCUCCCAAAUCCGUGCUCCCAGUGUCUCUGGGAGCUGGAGCUGCUGGGGUUUGGUUAGUACUGGUGGGAGGAAGCCCUCCCUCCUCCUCCUCCUUGCCCGGGCGCGCUGCCAGCGCCGCUUGCCGGGUGCUCCCUUGGGCUUUGUCCUGAGCUAUCGGUGUGGAGCAACCCCGUGGUGCUGCCAAGGGCGCUGGGAGCGUGGGUGCUUGCAGAGCCCGAACCCCCCUUCCCAGGGCAGGGACCUGAGGAGGCGCUGCCUUCCUCCAGGCUCCACCAGCUCUUGAGUUUUGGCCUUGUUUAGGGUCUUCCAAGUCCCCAUCCGUGCUAGGAGUGGCUCCCGGGGAGGAGAGUGCAGCCGCAGCAGCCCGGGCGCCCCGUAACCCUGCUGCCAGGGCACGGAGAGGGGUACAGCACCCGUGCAGCGAGGGAACGCACUGCGGCGGAGACGCCACGAGCCACGUUGGGGCCGUGAGUGCCGCGUGGAGCAGGUCCUGCGUGUCCCCGGCAGACCCGUACGCCUCCCUCCCCAGGGCGUUGGCGAGCGGUGCUGGCGUGGCGUUCAGCCUUAACCACGCCGGGAAGCGUUGUGCAAGAGGACGGGGUUUUAUCGCAGCAUUGUAAAGGCGUCAGCACGGCGCAUGUGGGGCCCUGUGCCACCGCGGCACUGCCGGACGCGGGGUGCCAGCACCCCGGCAUCCAGAUUCCUGGCAGGAACAAAGGGGAUUUUAUGUCAAGAAGCCAUGGGAGGUUUAGAUUGGGGAUUAGGAACAAUUUCUUUGCUGACGGAGCUGUGAAGCCGUGGCAGAGGGUAGUGGGGGAGUCUUCAGCCUUGGAAGGGUUCAAAGCUGUGUGGCCGUGGCGGUUGGGGACAUGGUUUAGCAGGCACAGUGGGGUUGGGCUGGUGGCUGAACUGGGUGAGCUGAGAGGGCUUUUCCAGCCUCAGUGAUUCCAUAAUGCAGUGAUUCUAUGAUUCUAAGUGCGUGUGCUGUAUGGGGGGUGAAGAGUAUGGUAGGGGAAAUUCUUGCAGUGCGUGUCCCCGGGGAUGCUGUGGGUACCAAAGGAGAACGAACAAUCUCAGAGGAAAAAAUAGGUAUUAAAUGCCCCGGUGAGGAAUGUUUCAGGCGCUUGAGCGUGGCUUGGCUGCAGGGAGGGCCCCACCAAAGCCCAGGGGCUGGUGGUCAAGGCAGGAUCAAACCAUUUUCUGUAUUAAGGUGUAGAAGUGUGCCUGGGUUCUGGGCUCAGAGCAGUCUGGACGGUGCUGCACGCAGGUGCCGGUUCAUCUCGCCUGGUUCCUCUGGUGCUUCCUGAGCAUCGCACUCCCUGACGGGCGAGUGGAGGCAGCUCCUGCUUCCCCUGCUGCUCCCAAAGGGAUCCUGUGGGGCCGGGGCUGCCCCAGUUGGGUUCCUCGGGUGCUGGUGGAUCCACAGGUUGGGGUGAAACCAGACGCGGGUGAGCUGGGUGUUGCUUCCUAGAGCCGUGAACAUCCCACGCCGUGCUGUCCUGGUCGAGCUGGUUUCUCUCUUUUGCAAUCACGGAGGGUCGUGCCGGGCGUUGGGGUGUGGGGUGGCCCCGUCCAGACCCCAGCUGCCUCCCCGAGCCCCGUCAGCCCCUUCCCUGCCGGCAGCGAGGUGCUUGGGGCGGGGGGACCACUUGUCCCAUGGCUAGGUUUGCCGUGGAGGGGGUGACAGCUUGCGAGGAGGUGAUGGGACCUGUACCCAUGGCUGGGACUGGGGUGGAGGGGCUGGAGAACAACUCACACGUGGAGUGGCUGAGGGACAUGGGGUUAUUUAGCCUGGAGAAGAGGGGGCUGAGGGGAGACCUCAUCGCUGUCUAGAACUGCCUGAAAGGAGGUUGUAGAGGUGGGGGUUGGUCUCUUCCCCCAAGUGACAGGAGAUAGGACGAGAGGAAAUGGCCUCAAGUUGCGUCAGGGCAGGUUCAGAUUGGACAUCAGGAAGA